GACGUGAGCGCUGUUGGUCCGGCAGCGACUCGGCGGUCCAGGCAUCAGAGCGCGGGUCCUCCAGUGUGUGUGUGUAUGCAUGUGUGUGUGUGUGCGUCGGGAAGGCGUGCGCUGAAAUGCUGAGACGCAGCUCGGGUAUUUUUUUAUUCGCUCGCGCUACUCCCGGCAGCAGCACCGGAAAGGCUCCACAGCUCGGACCCCGGCAUGGGUUAGAGAACCGCGACCUAUGGAUUAGCCACUUUGUGCACUUCACCCGAGGAGGAUGAUGCCGGGAGGGGGGCGCGAGGGCGGCGGAGAGACGGACUUGUUUACGCCGAGACACCCUGACAAAGACGGGGGACUGAGAGAGGAAUAGAGACUCUCUGUCUCGCUCUUCAGCCUUGUCUUCUUUUAUUUGUGUCCUUUUUUUCUUUUCUUCUUCUUCUUCUUCCCCCCACGCGUGUGUGCGAGGCAGAGAGAUGUUCGCAGAACUGCUGUGCGGCGCCGUGGCUCUGGUCCUGUAUGUCAACACCCUGGACGCCGACUUCUGCUACGAUGACAGCCGCGCCAUCAAGACCAAUCAGGAUCUGCUUCCCGAGACCCCCUGGACCAACAUCUUCUACGAUGACUUCUGGGGCACCUUCCUCACGCACAGCGGCAGCCACAAGUCCUACAGGCCGCUCUGCACCCUCUCCUUCCGCCUCAACCACGCCGUGGGUGGGCUGGAGCCCUGGGGUUACCACCUGGUCAACGUGGCGCUCCACGGGGCCGUGACGGGCCUGUUCACCUCGCUCGCCCGCCUGCUGCUCGGCGGGGGCCCGUGGAGCCUGCUCGCCGGCCUCCUCUUCGCCUCGCACCCCAUCCACACCGAGGCGGUGGCGGGCGUGGUGGGCCGGGCUGACGAGGGCGCCGCCCUGUUCUUCCUGCUGUCCCUGCUGUGCUACACGCGCCACUGCGAGCUGCGGGGCCGCGCCGGGCCCUGGCGCCUCGCCGCCUGGUUCCUGGGCAGCCUGGUCUGCGCCGCAUGCAGCAUGCUGUGGAAGGAGCUCGGCGUCACCGUCCUGGCUGUGUCGGCGCUGUACGACGUCUGCGUCUUCCACAAGCUCAAGUUGCGGCAGGUCGUCUCGCUCCUCUACAAGAGAAAGAACGUCCACCUGCUGCUGAACGUGUUCUCGCUGGCAGCCUGGGGAGCCGUCCUGUUGGCCGGCCGCUUCUACUGGAUGGGUAACAAACCCCCCAACUUCUCCAACUCCGACAACCCGGCAGCCGACUCGCCCGCCCUCCUCACCAGGACGCUAACCUUUUCCUACCUGCCUGCCGUCAACUUUUGGCUUCUCCUUUGCCCGGACACGCUAAGCUUUGAUUGGUCCAUGGACGCCCUGCCUUUGAUCAGGAGCCUUGCCGAUUGGAGGAACACUCGCACCGUAUUCUUCUAUCUUGGGUUGCUCUUCCUGGCUUGGUUCAGCCUGCGGACGCACCAGGCGGCCAAAGGCAAGGAGACCAAUGGCAAAGCGCACCACUACGCCAAUGGCAGGAAUGGGAACAGCAAUGGGCACAGUUACCAAUACAGCAAUCAUGAACAUUUGAACAAUUCCCACACAGACGCUCCCAUUCAUACGGCACAGAACGGUACCACGAAGCCCUACGAGAGCAGGACUCCACUGCCCACCACUGAAAACGUUGUGGUGUUCUCGUUGGGCCUGCUGGCUAUCCCGUUCCUCCCCGCCACAAACUUGUUUUUCUACGUGGGGUUCGUGAUAGCCGAGAGAGUACUUUACAUCCCCAGCAUGGGCUUUUGCUUGCUGGUGGCGGUGGGGAUGAGGUCUCUGUACGUCCGUCUGCGACGCAGGUCCUCCAGGGCCUUGUUGGUGUACUGCAGCGCUGCCGUCGUCCUUCUUUUCGGUGUCAAAACUGUUUUGAGGAACCGGGACUGGCGGAACGAGGAGAUGCUCUACAAGUCGGGGAUUUAUGUCAAUCCCGCUAAAGCAUGGGGCAACCUUGGAAAUGUCUUGAAGAGCCAGGGCGAGAUGGAGGAGGCCGAACAGGCGUACAGAAACGCCCUCUAUUACCGCAGCAACAUGGCCGACAUGCUGUAUAACCUUGGUUUGCUGCUACAGGAGAGCAACAAGUUCUCCGAGGCACUUCAGUACUAUAAGCUGGCCAUUGGGAGCCGGCCAACCCUGGCUUCGGCCUACCUGAACACGGGCAUCAUCCUGAUGAAUCAGGGCCACCUCGAUGAGUCCAAGCGCACCUUCCUGACCUGCGCCGACAUCCCCGAUGAAAACCUGAAGGACCCCCACGCCCACAAGAGCUCGGUGACCAGCUGCUUGUACAACCUGGGCAAGCUGCUCCACGAACAGGGACGCCAGGAGGAGGCCCUCACGGUGUUCAAAGAGGCGAUGCAGAAAAUGCCGAAACAGUUUGCACCACAGAGCCUCUACAACAUGAUGGGAGAGGCCUACAUCCGACUGAACAAGCUGACGGAGGCUGAACACUGGUACACAGAAUCCCUGCGAGCCAAGCCGGACCACAUUCCAGCACAUCUCACCUAUGGAAAACUGCUGGCUAUGACGGGACAGAAAACAGAAGCGGAGAGGUACUUCCUGAAGGCCAUCCAACUGGAUCCUGCAAAAGGCAACUGCUAUAUGCAUUAUGGUCAGUUUUUGUUGGAAGAGUCGCGUCUACUGGAAGCCGCCGAGAUGGCAGAGAAAGCCGCGCGCCUCGACGGCGGGGAGUUUGAUGUGGUCUUCAGUGCGGCGCACAUGCUCAGACAAGCCAGCCUCAACGAGGCAGCCGAGAAGUAUUACGGACAAGCAGCGAGCCUGAGACCCAAUUAUCCUGCCGCCCUGAUGAACCUGGGGGCGAUCCUCCACCUCAACGGGAAGCUGCAAGAAGCCGAAGCCAAUUACCUCCGAGCGCUCCGACUGAAACCAGACGACGGCAUCACCCAGUCCAACCUGCGGAAGCUGUGGAACAUCAUGGAGAAACGGGGCCUGAGGACCACGAGCCCCUGAGCCCGCCGACCUUCCAUCGGAACGCCAGACCUGGGAGGAAAGGAAGGCCGGCACGCUUCUCGUCCAGGGAAGAUGGAAGAGAAUCAGGGCGGAUGUUUGCUUCGAGAGAGCCGGACGGUGCCGCGCAGCCCUCCUCAUAACUCCCGAGCUCCGCACACACCUCGGGCCGGCAGCUUGGCUCAGAAAGCAUCGCUCACAGUUUGGCGGGCGCCGCGUGGUAUUUGGACUCUUCAGAACUUUCUUCAAAUGAGUGCUCUCACAGGAAGGACUUCUGGGUUGUUUUUCUUCUUUUCCAACCAGAGCACUUGAAGUUCAGGCAAAGCCACACGGUCGGUACGUCCUUCAACAUUUGUGAUGAAUUAGGUUUUGUUUUGUUUUUUAAAAGAAAGUUCUCGUCGUUCAGAGAGGUGAAGUUUGCCCCCGAGCAGCGCGAGUUAAGAUAUACAAAUAACAUCUCAGACCGCUGCGCUGAGGGCAUUUUCCAUCACAAGUUAAUAGAGUUCUUGUUUUGAUAGCCCGUCUUGAUAAUGAAAAAUAAAGAAAAUGAACAACUGGAUGUACACACACAUCCAACACCACCUAAUUAGGUUUACAUCACUACAUAGCAAUUACCACCAAUCCUUUUGUUUUUCUCAUAAGAUUAAAUUGUAAAGAUAUGACAAUUAGCACUAUCACUUAAAGAAAAAAAUGUGUGGAGCAGAUGUCCUGAUAUUUGGGGAAAACUUGAAAAAGGGAAUUUAAUUUGGUAGCGAGUGCAGCGCAACGAAAGCCUCUGAAAGCUCCACAGAGGCGGACUUUGCCAAACUCCGUAUGUUCUGGAAAGCAAGCUGGUGGACCGCCUUCUAAUAAAAGGUGUGAAUCUUUGACAGCAGCGAACACGAGCGACUUUACCUCCACCGCCUCUUGCUCUGCACCGGAGACGAAGCCUGGUCACCACGGCGACUCGUUUUGCCGGCAACAAUAAAAAGCUAAGAAUGGAAACGACAGAGAGGUACAGGAGACGUGUCGGUACGAGCUGCAGCAGCUUGGUACACGUCUGAAGUUCAUACAAUCAGAACCACGGGUGGAAGAAGAGUUAUUAGAACCAAAUACAGACGCGAUGCCGAGGCUCACAGAGCGACAUAUUUUAAUGCCUAUGUUGGAAUACAACUAAUUUCAUUGCGUUGUAUAAAUGAAUCCUAAUAUAUACCGACUUUGUCUAUAGUAUACAGAAAUGCCUGCAGCAUCAGAGUGGUGCACUUGAAGUGGAAUCUCACGUGGGGUCCGUGACAUGAAGUGUUUCCCGUACUGUCAAAACCAAGUCUUAAAGUCUCAUGUUGUAUAUAAUCUGUGUAAUUAACAUCAAUUUGUUUGUUUGUUGUCGUCGGCAUACAGUGAGUGAAGCGGCACCUUGCGGGGAGUAAGAAUAUGUACAGUAUUUGUCAUCACUUGUUGGUUAUCGGUGACCUUCGUCGACACAUUGUUAGUUAGUGCGGUGUGUUACCUAGCAACAGAACCAGCUGGCCUGUGUUUGGACAUGUAAGAUGAAGGAUGUCAGCAGAUGUGGAAGAAAAACCUCCGAAUAAAGUCGAGCGUCUCAUUCUUGGUGCAGAGUCGCACGACGAGGCGUAGAGAUGUCGGAAGACGUGAAUCGCGCGUUGCGGUCACACUGUUCUGGUUCUGACCGGGAUGGUCAGUCCAGAGACAUCGUCACAGUUCACGUUCACCUCACACACCCCGUUGUCAAAGAGCUCGUUGGGUUCUCCCGUGUAUAUAGAGUGUUGAUGAAGAAACACUGACUGUUGUUAUCGAGUGAAGAUGUAAACAAAGUUGCUUCACUCGGCGUCUCUGCUCAGGGAUCUCAAGCGGUGCAGAAACUUGUUCACAGAGCGUUUUACUAAAUUAAAGAUUUAUUUUUGGAAGUUGUCGUAUUUGUAUAAAUUAUCGAGAUUUGUAGCCUUUUCCUCCUUUUUGUAAAAUAAAGAUGAACAUGUGUGUCAGAAAAGA